CAGCUGCGGGGAGGGAAUCUGAGCCCCCGAGGCCUGGCGCCAGGGCCCCAAUCCUGACAGGGGUGGAGUGAGCCUCGGGGCCAGGUGGGGGCCUGUCCUGGCUGUCAUCACUCGUGAUGGAUGAGGGGUGGGGCAGGGAGAAGGCCGGGCUCUGGAGUCCUGCCACGGAGAGAGGUGGGGGGCUGGCCCUCUGGGGUCUGCCAACGGAGCCUUUGCCCCUCACAGCUGGGGGGCCUGGGUGAGAGACCCCACCCAGGAGAGGUGCUUAAAGGCCCAAAGGGUGUGUGCCCUCCCACUCCACUCGGCAUCAUGGGCACCUGGGCCUUCCCCGCAGCCCUUCUGCUCUGCCUGGCUUCGGAAAGCCUACAAGGCGGACUACCUCCAUUGUCUCCGGGCCCAGGGAAAGGCUUCGGGAGCCCCAAUGGCUACAGAUCAGGCUACGGCUCCCCCAGUGGCCUGGGAGCAGGAUUUGGGAACGGGAAUGGGCUGGGAGCCCAGCCAGGCACAGGAGGGGGUGUGAAACCCCAGAAGCCAGGGUUUGGAAAUGGGCUGGCAAUGGGGACCUUCCCAGGUGCUGUCGCCCAGCCAGGUUUUGGAGGGGGUGUGAGACCCCAGAAGCCAGUAUAUGGAAAUGGACUGGGAGCCAGUUCCUUCCCAGGGCUGGGAGCCCAGCCAGGCCCUGUGGCUCAGAAUGGUGGCCAGGCACCAGGAGUUGGAGGGGGCGUGAAACCUCAAAAGCCAGGUGCACUGCCUGCUGUCCCUGUGUCUCUGUCCUCUUCCGCCUGGCCUUUGGGCCUCCCCUUACUCCCUCUUGCUGUCUUCCCAGGACUCGGCAAUGGGAAUGGGAUGGGACUCGGAGCCCAGCCAGGCUUUGGAGGCGAAAUAAAACCCCAGAAGCCAGGAUUCGGGAAUGGGAACGGGCUGGGAGGUGGCGCCUUCCCGGGAGUAGGAGCCCAACCAGCAGGUCCUGCAAGUCGAAACGGCUACAGACCAGGCUUUGGAGGGGGUAUGAAGCCCCAGAAACCAGGACUCGGGAAUGGCAACGGCUUGGGAGCCCAGCCAGGCCUAGUGACCCAGAACGGAUACGGAGCAGGCUUUGGGGGGGGCAUGAAGCCCCAGAAACCAGGAUUCAGGAAUGGCAAUGGGCUGGGAGGCCAGCCAGGCCCUGCGGUUCCCGUGGGCUACGGACCAGGCAUCGGUGAGGGCGGGAAGCUGCAGAAGCUAGUUUACAGGAAUGGGCUGGGAGCCGGAGUCUUCCCAGGCCAAGGGGCCCAGCCAGCCCUGGGAAGGGGCAUGCGCCCUCUAAAGUCAGGCUUUACUCCGGGACUGCGGCGCCCAGCAGGAUAUGGCAACGGAAAUGGGGUGGGGGCCCAGCCAGCACCGACUCCAGCCAUCCAGUGGGGGCUGAAACCUCAGAAAGCAGGAUACCAGCCCCUGAAUGGCUAUGGACUGGGAACAGAACUGGGCUUUGGUGGUGGCCUCAAGCCUCAGAAAGUUGGUUUUGCUUAUGGGAAUGGUCUGGGAGCUGGGGUCUUCCCUGAGGCCCACCUGCAGCCAGACUUUCCCGGGGUCAGUGGCUUUAGGAAUGGGUAUGGGGAGGAAGCACCAGUGUACCCCAAAGCAGUAGUUCCAGGCUCUGAAGGAAAUGGUCAGGCCAGGGCCCUAAGGGGCUCUUCUUGGCCCUCCGUGCAGCCUUGGGGGCUUGCCUUGAAGCCUGGACAUGGGCCUGGAGGCACAUACCCAGGGGUCAGGAGCCAGCCAGCGACCUAUGGACAGCUAAGGCCAGAGCUGGGCCCUGGACCCUUUGGCAGCCCUCCAGUGAAGAGAGACAGCAGUGGCCCACUGGGAAAUGGCUAUGGAGGCCACUGUCCUCUUGGGAAAUGCUGAACACUGAGGCCCUUUCACUGCCCACCCUGAGAGCCUCUCUACCACAGCCGUGUGUUGGGCGAGGACGGCCAGAUCCUGGGGCUUGGCUUCUGGCUGAGGGUCUCCUUCGGGCUAAGAGUA